UUGUUGCGGUUGUUCUUGUGUCACGAUUGUGAAAUAUAGGCCGCAAACAUGCACAGCCAUUCCAAACUCACAUGUGUUGCUUCGAUCAUUUAUCGUGCCUAAAAACGUUCCCUAUGAUGAAAUAACGAACAGGCUAGGAAAAUCGUAAUAAAAUGAAGCAAGAGAAGGAAGGUGAAAAUAACUAUGAAUCUUUUCAUGAAGAUUUCAACUCGGCAUUCUUGCAUGAAGCAAUUAUGGAAAAACAAGUUGGAGAAGUCAAUCGUUACAAUGAAGUGCUGAAAAUCGUAACCAGUGGAAGGGUUUUUGAGCACAACUUUGAAGGCUGUAUCGAAGCGUUUCGAUCAUGUGUUAGCUUCCUAAAUAGGGAACAUGAAAUUUUAGUUGGUGCAGUGUUGAAAGUCGACUGGGUUUCAAAAAAGCCACAAGUUGUUGAAGCAUACAUCAAUUUUCUCACCGAGUUAGUAUCAGCGCAGACUUUCUAUCUACGAGGAUGCCUGAAAAUGCUGCUUCAAAAGUUUUUGCCCACUGUUAACUUAACGGCAAAUUUAGAUGAAAUAAAGCUGAGUGAUUUUGAUUAUGAAAUGGAUAAUGUUCAUAGAGCCAUAUUUGCUUUGGUGAGCAUUGUACCCACUGCGCCACGACAUCUUUUGAAUAAACUGGGCGAUUUAUUUCCUUAUACCGGCAAGCAUCAAGUGUUUCUUCAAUUUUAUAUAAAAAACUUGUUUCGUAUCACACAAUACAUGCCAACAGUGCAAGAAAAUGUACUGGAAAUUGUAAUAGACAAUCUGCUAAAACUUGACUGUCAGAUAUGUCAACAGGAGAUUGAAGAAGAGGAGGACGAUGAUUCCGAUUAUGAAGAUUAUGAUGAAACACAGUUUGAUGUCGAAAUAGAAGGUGACAUUAAAUCUCAUAAAAAAGAGAAAAAUAAGAAGGAUGAUGAGAUGAAAAAUAGUACUGCCAGGAAACUGGACAACUUGAUGCUAACAUUUUUUGACCAUGUACAUCAGACAUGUUUCCCUGGUGAAAUUAUUGACUGGGGAAAAACAGAAGCAUUGUUUUCAGAUCUGCUGCAUGCAUUUGAGAUGGUUCUUCUUCCCACACAUGCAAGUGCUUAUGUGCAGUUUAUUAUAUUCUAUGUAUGCAGCUUUGAUCAGUAUUUUGCAAACAGUUUCUUGGAAUUUUGCUGGCAGAAGGUUUGCGAUCCAAGUGUUCCAGUCAUAUUACGUCAGACAGCUUCCGCAUAUGUUGGCAGUUUUGUGGCUAGAGCAAAGUUUUUGCAAGGUGAUGUAGUGAGAACGUGUUUAGCUCUUUUCAGUGAUUGGAUUCAUGGUUAUCUUAAUGUCUUAGACUCGUGUGUUUAUCCGGACCUUGUAAAGCAUUCUGCUUUCUAUAGUGCGUGUCAGACUUUGUUUUACGUGUUCGUGUUUCGAUUCCAAAGCCUAAUAGAGGAUCACGGGUGGCGUGUUUAUGUUAAAAAAAUGAACUUGGAUCGUAUUGUUACAUCGAGGCUUAAUCCUUUGAAAUUUUGCGCGCCGUCAAUCGUCGAUAUGUUUGCGCGAGUGACACGUAAGUACGAGAUCGUGUUUUGCUACACAAUAAUAGAACACAACAAACGCAGUUAUCUACCAACAUCGCAAAAUAACAGUGUAAGGGACAGAAAAAAUAUGCUGGAUUCUUUUUUCCCAUUCGACCCGUACCUGCUGAAAAAGUCGUCAAAAUUUAUUAAACCUCUGUAUCAGGAGUGGACUGGAAUCGAGGGUGAUGUCCAUGUGAAGGGUGAUGACCCUGUUAGAGACACAAAUUAUAACCAGGAUAUUGUCAGUCCGAAGAAAAUGGAAGACAUAAUGAUGAAAUUCAGUAUCAGCCCAGGAACACCGCGUUUUGACAUUUGUGUAUCGCCAGGAUUUCAUCCAGAGAUGAUGAAGACUGCUACUUCAAAUUUUGAAGAGUAAGAGAACACUGACAAACUGAUAUUUCAAUAAAACGCAGCAAUAAUUGCUAUUUCCUUGUAGACAUCUAUCUUAGUUUCAGUUAUUGAUGACUGACGUACUGAGAGCUGUCAGUCCAUGUCAGUAUUUGAUUUAAGCAAACAAGUGAUGGUCUUUGAUGCUUAAAAACUACCUGGAAUACUGAAAAAAUUUUGUACAGGGGUGACAUUCUCCUUCCCAAUACACGCGAUUGAAGGCAGGUAGCCAACCACAAGUUCUUUUGGAAAGGUAGACAUUCAUUUCCUGUUUAUGUCGAAGACAAAAGACCAGUUCCGAGAGAGAGUCAAGGGGUGCUAGUCCUGGGGCCAAUGAACUGGUUUAACAGCUCAUAAAAUAAUAUAAUCUAGACUAACCUGUAACAUAGAGUUGCCAAAUAAUUGUUUCAUUCAGUGUGAUUUGUGAGGUAGGCUAAAUGUCACUUCCUCUGGGACUUAUUAAGGAAUUCGACUGCUUUCUUCUUCGGGAACCUUGUGUUUAUAAAAGAAAUAAAAUUGGUUAAAAUCACGAGAAUUGUGUGAUUUACGGAUUCUUUAAGGAAGGAAGCUUGUAGUAUAAUUUCAUUCUACAUUUCAUUUCGGCCCAUUUGUUUGAGCUGAUCGCUUCUUCAAUGGAUUUGCGUUGUGUUUUCAAUGACGUUUAUAAAUUACCAGGGCGGCCUUUUAAUUAACCAAUGUAUCUCAUAUCAAGAUUGUUAAAGAACUGAAAUAUUUAUCUAGAUUUUUUACAUAUGAUUUAAGCAGGCUGCUUGAUAUUUACAAGAGGCCCGGACUUUGGUUCUGUUGCCCCCUGCUAUCAUUGCUAUCUAGAAUUUUUAACUAUGAUCUGGAGGUAUUUUUGUUGAAUGUAUGAAUAAGAUCAUAUGUUUUCAAAUGGUUCCUAUGUUACUUA